CACAACCGUAUACGCGAACCACGUCAGUAAUUCGAAUAUGGAAUAGUUUGAAGAUGUAGUAACGCACACAUAUGCAAAACGCUUUCCCAUGUUGAUUUAACGUCAGCAGGGAUCGUAGUGCGCGUGUUUAAGUUUCAUGCUGGUGGGAUACACUUGAAGUAUUAAGGGAUUAUUUUGAAGAAAUUUGAAAGAAAUAAGUGUCGCCGUAUAGGCUAUGUUGCAGUGCUUGCCGCGGUCUCAUUAUGCCAGUGCCAGGGUAACCUUGACACGUUUUCCCGCGCUAGCGUACCAACCUUGUUUCCGUUUUGCACUCUUUCACUUGACAUUUACCGCAAACAUUGUGGCUACUUCGUUAAUUAGUGACGUUUUAAAACACCUACGCAAUUAAAUACGCGUAGUCUGAAUAAAAAGAGAGAUUAGAACUUCGCAGUUAGAGAAAAAUGUUAGAAAAUAGAUUUAGCUGUAGUUUAUUUACGUUAUAAAUAAUUAAUUACCAUAAUACAAAAAUGAGAAAUUGGUGACACCUAUGAAGAAGACUGGAGCUACAACGAUGAGUUCUAUAAAAGGUUCCAGUGAUAAUGGAUUGAGAAUCGGUCUUUUAAUAUUCACGCUAAUCAAAUUCACCGAUUGCGAUUUCGUGAGUGAAGCUCCGAAAAGCGUGUAUCAGAGAGACAAACCGUAUGUGAGUAAUGAAAUUCCGGAGCCGGAGUCACUGCCAGUUCUGCAUGGGAACGAUUCUCGGUGCCGCAUAUCUGAAUAUCAUUGUGCGAACAAAAAAUGCAUACCUAUAAAUCGAUUCUGCGACGGUACAAACGAUUGCGGUGAUUCCUCUGACGAGCCAAGACAUUGCACACGUUGUAACAGAACAUACUAUGGUGAUAUUGGCAGAACAUACGAACUGGAACUACACAGACCUCGAGAAGAUUUGGUUCCGUAUGUAUGUCUGUUGACAAUCACAGCUGCUGGCGGUGUACAUGGGGAUUUAGUGCAGGUUUUAUUCGAUAGUUUUACACUCGGUCGCUUCACAUCUUUUACUGAAGAUGGCUGUCCUGACGGCUACAUGCAAAUCCAAGAGGCCAGUAGACCACAAGUUGGCGGUUCAUGGUGUGGCACAUCUUGGGGACCCUCUAUAUACUACAGCGAGACGAAGUCUAUAACUCUAAUUAUAAGAUUAUUACAUCUAUCAAAGGAACAGAAUAAUUAUAACUUUGACUUUCGUAUGGCGUAUAAAGUGCUAAGAAAGGAAUAUGCUACUGUGAGAUAUGGAGGAUCACCGCCCUCUGAGCGGCCAUUUUUCAAACUCAGACCGUUACCCCCUACAUUAAACAUAUCACGUAACGAUGAAAUAAACGUCGCUAGGCCGAGGAACUUGGAAUAUUACCUCGGAGAUUUAAUAUCUGGGACUUAUUGCUCGAGGAUAUUCAGCGACUGCGAUCGUAAAAAGUGUAGAUUGCAGUCCCCCAAUUAUCCAGGAGUGUAUCCGAGGAAUUUGACAUGUUACUAUGCGGUGCGACAGCAUGAAGUACCUCAAGGAAAACACGCAUUGAUUAUAGUCAAACAACCGAAUGGUCAGCUAGUAUCUAUCAGAAGUCAGAAAGCAUUGUACGCUACAGCUCAGCAAGAAAGAGGGAACAAUGGUAGGGAACUAAAAUUCUGGCAACAAUGUGAUGAAGUUCAGGACUAUGUAACCGUUUAUGAUGGUUACACGACAAGAGACCCAGUUAUUCUAAGAUUCUGCGGCGGCGGGGUGGCAGUCCCCGAGGCGAUAUCGAGCGGACCCGAAUUGCUUGUGGAAUUUACGACUUCGCCUUUUGGAACGUUUUUACAACCGGCGACGUUACAAUCGCUUCAUGGAUUCCAGUUGGAAGUCGAGGUUAGAUUCGUAGAUCAACAAUCACCUACUUAUGCGAAGAACAAAAGAGCAUGCGAAUUCUGGAUUAGGGGGACUGGGAAAGGUGUGUUAGAACAUCCUCAGCACUCCCUCCCUCCUAACACAACCUGUCUCUACCAUAUGCAAGGGAUCGACACUUCAGGACCGUCUGGUCGGAACAUUAUCUACAGACGGCCAUCAUUCUCAGCGCCAAGAUUCCGCGUUUGGUUCUCCGUGUUAAAGUUUUAUGUAACGAACGCGUUGAAUCCGAACUUGCCUGAGGAUGAGUAUUGCGGUAGCCAUUUGAAUAUAUGGGACGGUCCAAUGCGAAUAUCGCCAGGCUGCAGUGAUAUAUUCUGUGAUAGAGAGCGUUCAGUGCAGAUGUCAAGAGCGACUUCACCGCAAUCGGUUAUUGUCGGCCGUCCUCCGACCAAUGCCACACUGAUCGCGCGAUUCUGCCGCGAGCGCGCACCUCGCACGUGUGAACAUGCUUUAUUACGUAAAUCUAGAGCCUGCACUCGUACAGAAAGUUUCCUCUCCAAGGGGGACUCUUUAACUUUAGAAUUGAAGCUGACUCAGGGGACCGCUCUGAAACCCGUAUUCUUCAAGGCUUUGUACGAGUUUGUCGAUUUGCAUCAAGACGGUGAGCCGUGGGGUCAAGGGCCAUGUUCGAGACGUUUCUCGUCGCGUUCAUUUCCCGAAGCACCGCCCGACCCGCCCGUUAGCUUCUCUUCCCCCAGGGACGUGUUUUUGUACGGACGAGGUGGAAAGCGCAAUAUAAGCUGUACGUACCGAUUCGAAGCAAAUGUCGGUGAGGUGAUAAGGCUGCGCGUGUGGGGCAUAAGGAGCGGGGGCAGGCUGUGCAGGUCGGUGCACUCGGCGCACUCGCCCUGGUACCGCUGCGGGGGUGACCCCACCGCCGCCCUCAGGGUGUUCGAGAGACCUUGGCGAGAUAACGGACCGAGAGUGCCUAGAGACUGCUUGUGCAGCGACGUUGGUGAUUAUGAAUUUAUAUCAAAGACGACUGUAGCGGAGUUAAAAUUCGACGUGGUAAAUAUGACUGCCACGGAUGAUUUCCGAUCGUUUGGUUUCGAGGCGACUGUCGAGUUUGUUCGUCAGGAAAUAUUAUGCGAGAACACGCAUCGGGCUUUUGGCGCUAGCGGAGAAUUAAGGUUGAUGUCUUCGCCAAAUACAGAAUUGGAUCGAUGUGAACAUCGUCCUUGGCUGAUAGAUCCAUCGCCCGGUAGAUAUCUGUAUCUACAAAUCAGAGGGAACAUUAUAAAGGAACCUGAACUGGAUAACUUCACCUUACUGAACAAUAUAACGGUUGCACCAGAUUUGAGACACUUGUGCAGAACACCAAAUCGUAUAGCGGUGUAUGCUGGAGGAUUGUCACCUAUAUUUAUCUGCCCUAAUCCCCCUCAGGAUCCGGAUGAUACGGUGGAAAUUUUUUCGGAUGGUUGGUCAAAGGAAGUGGAACCACUAGCGCGUCAUGUUUUGGCACCUCCUCCAUCACCUGAUCAUUUUGAUUUGGACUGGCCACGAUCUUUAUCUGUUGAGUUAUUAGCAGAAGAAAGUGGAUCGUAUUAUAUCACGUGGUUGGAACUUUCUAGAAGACAUGCCAGUCAACGUGGUGGUGUUUUUGCAUUAUCUGGCGAGUGCCAGUAUAAAUGCGCAUCGCUGGACGCGUGCAUCGCUCCAGCGCUUUGGUGUGACGGUGUGGUGCAGUGUCCUCAGGGCGAGGACGAACGCCUUUCUGAGUGUUCGGCGCUGCUCCGAGUUCCCGCACAUUAUGCUGCAGCGAUGCUUGCGCUUACUAUCCUUACUGUGAUUGCUGUGAUAGCGGCAGCUCGUUCCUGCCGCCGUAGACGAUCAGCUCUGCAGCAUCGUCUCAAGAGUCUGUCAUCAGAUACGGCAAUAUUUGAAGAGAAGGAAGUGAUUUGCUGACCAAGCGAAGACUCCGUGCGUUACGUAGAAGUCGACAGAGUCACAACAGUUUGACUGGCUUCUCCCGCGGAGUCUCAACAUAUCUAUUAUUGUUUUCUCUUCACUAAAUAAGAGAAUUUUAAUGUUGGAAUAUGAAAAUUGUUGAUAAUAUUAAUAUUAAUUAUAAUAUGUAUUAGAAGCUAAAUG